UAGUAUCUUAAUCCUUAAUUGGUCGAUACCUCAAUCUUUUUUUGAGAAAAAGUAAAAGAAAUAUCAUUUUUUUAUUGUAAUUCUCAUAACGUUUUUGACUUUAAAAUAUAAACAAAUACAUGGAAAAAACAAUUUUGUCAAAGUAUCUGAAAGUUUUGCCAGAUACAUUUAAAAAUAAUUUUGUUAGGUCAUUGGAAGUUUACUUAUGUAAGAUAUUCAAAUUAAUAGAAUAAUGAAAAUUGUUACAGUAUAAUUUAUAAGUUAUUAAUAUGUGCUUUUAGAAUAUUGAAAUUGAAGAGAAAGAGCAAAGUAAGGAAAAUUGUAAGAAAGAUAUAAGAGAAAAGUGACAACUAAAAACUACAAUUUUCGAAGAUACAGAAAAGAAAAGAAAGAGUGACUAAUAGGAAGAAUAAAUUUGAGAUUGAUAAUCUCUUCAUCUAGUCUUUUCAUUUUCUUUCUUUUUUAAGACAAAAACAUGUCGAAAGUCGGAGGACUUGAGAUAGCCACAAGCAAAACGCAUACCCAACCACACUUUGCCAAUCAUACGCAAUCCUCUUUAAUGAAGAGACGAACACCAAUGAAGAAAUCGUUGUCGUCGACGAAAAAUGUGAAUGAAUCGAAGAGAGAACAAGGAAAUGGCAUUCUCAAAUUAAAUGGUAUUUGCAAGAAACGAAGUAGUGUCACAAAGCAGAGCAAGAGUAUGCAGAUGCUCAUAAUGACCCUGAAGCAACAACGAGAUCGUACAAUCGUUUUUCUUUCUGAUAAUGAGUUAACAGAAACGAUAUGUCGCACAGAGAAAUCGCUCUGUUCCCUUGGAAGUGAUUUGAUAAAAGAUAUCUCUUUCAAUAUCAAAAGAUGCACUGAAAGUCCAGCUAAAUUGGCGACUCUUUGUGAUAAAUCCAUAAAAAUUGUUAACGAGUCUGAAAAGCACACAGAAAAUUCACAUGCUUCUCUUCCAGAUUCGACAAGCUGUAUAGGAAGAAAUGAUUCAGAAAACAUUUGCAACUUUUCUGAAGAUCAUCUCUUAAUAGACAAUGUGCAUAAAUUUCAAGUGAAUUCAAGCGACGGUGAAGAAUCGACGCAUUGCAAAGUCGAAAUUCUUUAUGAAAAUUUGGAACGUGAAAAGCCCAAUGACUCUUCAAAAGAAGAUUAUUCUCAAGAGAUUGAGACGCAGAUACAUCUGCAAAGUAUGUUGCCGAAUGUAAACGCCAUAACAAAUCGCAAACGCACGCGAAAAUGUUGGAUAAAAAAAGCCACAGCUCGAAAUGAGCAUGUUGAUGAGGGACAUGUCGAUUUACAAGAUUUUAAGAAUACAAAAUUUCCAAGAAACAUCAAUAAUACACGGACUAAGGAUAAGACAGUUGUUAAUGAUGAUUCAACUACCCAAAAGAGAAGUACUUUUCAAAAGAAUCUUGCUUUUACUAAUCAGCGAAUUUGGAGACCACCUGGCAUUCCUAAAACUUUAGUUGCGGAAAGUGCAACGUCCUUAAUGCAGCCAGUGUUGCAGAAGUCAUCUCAAUCAUUUAAAAAAUCCUCAACUGCCUCAACGAAAAGCAAACAAUCAUCGAUUGAUGACACAACAAAUAUAUUUCUAAAUGAUUUCAUACUCAAUAUAUUUGAUUAUAAUUUUAGAUCGUUUAAUAGCGAAUCUACGAGCGCAAUACUCACAAGUCAGUCCAAGAUGAAAGAGAAAGAGAAUAGAGAUCCUCGUGCAAAUCGCAUGACGAAAAUCUGCGAACAUCUCGUAGAAACGAAACAACGGCAGUGGCUGCAAAGUGGAGGGCCGAAGAAGAGACGAUCAAAGACAAAGGUUUUAGACAAAUGUGACGACGCGAAUCCUAUCCUGCCGAAAUCAAAAUCGCGACAUUCUCAAACGCAGCCAAUCAUGCUGCAAGAAUCAUCAAACAAUCGAAAUGCUAUCGAAUCAGGUCGUACCGACUCGCUUUCUAUUUGCAACAAAUCGAAAAAUCGAGAGGUGAUUUAUACAUUGAAAAGGAUCAUCAAUAAUGUGAAAGAAGAUGAAGAUGUGAAUGAAAACUCUGUGAAUAUUUCUGAAAAUACUUUUUAUAAAAAUAACAGUGAGAUUCAGACGUCACCAAAUCGCGAUAUUCUCUCGCAGAAUCAUAAAUUACAUAUUUUAACGAAAGAUAUGAAUUUAAAUGAAGCGGAUCGAGUCUCCGGACAACCUUCUCAGAAAACCAUCAGCACACAGACAGAAUUAAAUUGCGAUUUGUAUCUUAAGACAGAUAUUGAAAAAGAUAAAGAAGAAUUGCAUUCGAAGAUAUUGCAAACUCGAAUUGUCGCGACGCAAACAUCGCCAAAUUAUGAUAGAAAUGUAGUUGAAGUCGGAUGCAAUACAGAAUCAUACAAUGUCGUUUGUAAUGAUGUAGAAAUCUCUUGCAAUCUAAUAGACUUCACAAACUUAAAAGCAGAAGUUGAUUCAACUGUGAUUCAAUCAACGUCAGAUUUUCCAAUUCAUACAACGAAAUCUUUAUUCAAACGUGCUGAAAUUAAUUCUGAAAGUGAAAAUAAAUUCGAUAAAAAUAAAGAAAUUCCAUUGAACAAAUAUGAUGAGAUAUUAAGUACACAAAUGAAUUUAAAAUUAGAAAGUUAUGAUAGUACAGAAAUUCCAAUAAAACCAACAAAGGCUACUGAAGAACUAGAAGUUACUCGUGACAACUCUUACCCAAUCUUUUUGAAAUUGCGUAAUUAUUCAAAUAAUAUGACAAACAUUGAUAUUGAUGAACAUAAAGAAUCCCUAAAAUAUUUCAAUAAACAAUACGUAAAUGAUAAUACUUCAAUAAAUGAUCUAGAAAGUCAAAUAUCCAAUCAAUUCUUCAAUUACGAGUCUUCUUCCGAGGAUAGUAUGGAAUACAACGUUCUCGUACAAAAUCUCGAGAAUGACAUGCUUGCCGAAGAUAUGCCGAAAUCGAAAGUGAAGAAUAUACCAAGUGACUUGCUCGCAGCUUUUGAGCUCGCGGCAGAGCGUGCUCGCAAUAUUCAUGAAGCGAUCAUUAUAUAUCGAGAAAACUUGAUAUCACGAAAUUUUGAGAAACAAAAUGAAGAAAUCGAAAAAUCCGAACGCAAAGCGGCAUACCACUUUGUGAAUAACGAUCAUUUAGACGGAUUUUUUACGUACUCGUGCAAUAGCUCCGAUCAACCAUACAAAUCCGCAUUUUCGUCGUUGGAGGACAUUCGUUCUGAAAUAGACCAUAAAGAAAACAAUGCUGUUCUAAAGGACGAAGAAACGGUUGCAGGAUCGAGUCUAAAUGAGCGAAAUGAAAUCUCUGAUCGCGAAAUGAAGUUGUUAAUGCAACUGCUGAUACAUGACACACAAGAGAAAUAUGCGCUCGAAUUACUACAACCGGAGAGAAGUGGAAAUGAUGAAAGUUUCGAAAUGGAGAGAAUGAUUAAUAAACCUCUAGCACUUCCUGCGGCGAUUAAAAGAACUUCUUUUAUUUCGCGUGAGAACCUGUUUCCUCUCUACUGUUGCAUCAUUUGUACUGUAGUAUUUUGGUGUUUGCAAUUUUCCUUCCAAUGCGAUUCAAUGAAAUAAUCUUGUAAUUUACGUUAUAUAUUCAAAUGUCGCGUAGCAUAAUAUGGAUUUCACUGAUAUUCUUUUAAGUUUGUUUUCUUUGAUUUCAAAUAUAUUUUUGUACAUGUUACAUUUUAUUGCAUUUGUUAUAAUAUAUAUUCGUUUUAUUAAAUGUUUGACAUACAAAAAAAUAUAAACUUACGAAAGUAAAAAAGAUUCUCUUGCAAAGUAAUAAAAAUAUUUUGUAAAACUUAUGUAACAAUAAAGGGUUAAUAUUGGAAAGAAA